UUGAACGGCUGCCAUCCCGGACGACGCAGCCAUCGAGCUGUUGUCUGGCCGGGGGGCUGGAAAGAGGAGGAGACCUCGCGUCACCCACGCACCCACGGUGCAAGCGUAACCUCAGGGUAAACAGCACAGAAACAUCUUUAAAAUGAUCUCAAAUAAAAAAACACACGCCAUGCGGAUGCUUCAUCUGGCCCUUGCCCUCAGCCUGUUCCACUACAAUCCGGAGUAUCUGCUCAAUCGCUGGGACUCGCAGCUCGAGCUGGCCCACGGGGACGGAUGGGAGCUGGAGAUGCUGCGUUCGGUGCAUCGCACCCACAUGAACCAGAAUCCGUAUGCCAACCGCAAGAUGAUGCCCCGGAUCGAGGAUCUGCUGCCCUUCGACGACCAUGGAGUCGGCGGCGGAGGCGAGUACAAGCUGCCGACGAGAUUCAAUGGCAGCGCCUUUGUGAUGAAUCUCCACAAUACGACCGGUAACAGCAGCGUUCAGACAGCAGCUCUACAAGAUCUCCAGAGCCCCGGAGGAGGAGCAACUGGAAAUUCCAAUGUCGGCUCAAGUGCACCCUCCACGGGGGGCGGCACUGGCCCUGGUAGUGCUUCUGGCCUCGGGGAGAUCCACAUCGACACCGCAGCAAUGGCCACCGGCCACCCCAAUCGCAAUCACUCGAUGCGACACCAUGCCGCCCCGGAGCUGGACAUCUUCCUGUCGCCGCAUCUGCUGCAGGAGCAGCGCUCCAUUUGGGAGCAGAACCUGGCUGAUCUGCAGGACUACAACGAUCUGCCACAGGCCAGCCCCUAUGCGAAUCUGCCCCUGAAGGAUGGCCAGCAGCAGGCGCCGAACAGCUCCAGCCUGGAUCUCAGUCUAGCCGUCCUGCUCCACGGUUUUGCGGGAAGUGGUACCUACCGCGAGGGAGCCACGGCCCUGAAUGACAGCACACCGCAUCCCGGCAAUCCAGGCAGUCUCACGGUGGAGCAAUUCGGACCGGAAGAGGAUGAAAACGUGGAGGAUCUCUAUCUGGGUCGUCUGUUCGGACAGGACACCGACGAGGAGGAUGUGGGAGGAGCAGCAAAUGCCUGCGAAGUGGAGGGAUUGACCACGCAUGAACCCUUUGGCAGCGCCACCUUUGGCAAUGAAGUGGAAGUUGUCAUCAAGGAGGAGCAUGAGGAAAACGAGGAGGAGGAGGAGGAGAGUGAAAUCGCUGAGGUGCUGUACAAACAAGAUGUGGACUUGGGCUUCAGCCUCGAUCAGGAGCAGAUCAUCAAUGCCUCCUAUGCCAGUGGCAAUAGUGCGGCCUCUCAGGCCAAGGCCAAGGCGGAGGCCGAGGCCGAGGCCGAGUCGAAGCCGGCGGAUCCCUCGAUGUCGGACUCUGCCUUCAAGGACAGCGACGACGCCGACGAGCUGACAACCAGUGGCGCCUCUGUGGAUGAUAUCGAGAAGCUGAAAGCUUUGGAAGAGCUUCAGGAAGAUAAGGACAAGGCCCAUGAGAAUCCCCUGGAAGAGAUAACCAAUGAAUGGAACGGCAUUCCCUUUACCAUCGAUAAUGAAACUGGUGAAUACAUCCGCUUGCCCCUGGAUGAGCUGUUGAACGACGUGCUCCAGCUCUCUGAAUUCACAAGCCUCGAAGACGAGCUAAGCAACGAUCCGGCUGCUUCGACAUCGCAGGCUGCUGCCGCUUUGAACGAGAAUCAAUCGCCAAAGAUCACCUCCGAGACGGGUGAGGAUUUGUUGACUGCCGAAGGAGUUGCUGUCCAGCAGCGAAAGAUCAAUACAGACGGCAGGAGCAACAACAGCACGGGCAGCGACCAAAGCGACCAAAGCGACUCGAGCGACUUUCCCCCUUUGUGCGACUUUGAGGAUUUGCAGAGCUCCGUGGGCUCGCCGCUCUUUGACUUAGAUGACGACGCCAAGAAGGAGCUAGACGAGAUGUUGCAAUCCACGGCACCGCCCUAUCACCACCCCCAUGCCCAUGGCCAUCCCCAUGCCCACGGCCACCCCCACGCGCAUCCGCACAGCCACCACCAUGCCGCGGCAGCUGCCGCUCACCACCACCACGCCCAUGCCCACCAUGCCGCUGCUGCAGCCGCCGCCCACCAGCGGGCCGUGCAGCAGGCUAACGCCAACUAUGGCAGCGUGGGCAGUGCCCAAGGCAGCGCCUUCCAGCGCCAACCAUCAGCUGCCGCUGGAUUCCAUCAUGGCCAUCAUCAGAGCCGCAUGCAGCGCCUGAACCGCAGCGUGUCGAUGGAGCGUCUUCAGGACUUUGCCACUUACUUCAGUCCCAUACCCAGCAUGGUGGGCGGGGUCUCGGACAUGCCGCCCUAUCCCCAUCAUCCGCACUAUCCCGGCUACUCGUACCAAGGCAGUCCCUCGAACGGCGCCGCCGUCGGCGGUGGUCCCAUCCCUCCAGUACCCGGACAGCACGGACAGUACGGAUCUCCGGCAACAGCUCCGCUGCAGCCCCCUCCACCGCCGCCGCCGCCACACCAUGCGGCCAUGCUGCACCACCCGAAUGCGCCGCUGGGCGACCUCUGCUCCGCCACCGCCGCCACCGGACAGCCCCACUACGGGCACAAUAUCGGAUCGGCGGUCACCUCCAGCAUGCACUUGACUAACUCCAGCCACGAGGCCGAAGGAGCCGCUGCCGCAGCGGCCGCCGCCGGUAAUGCCUACAAGAUGGAGCACGACAUGAUGUACUACGCGAACACUUCCUCGGACAUGAAUCAAACGGAUGGCUUCAUGAACUCUUUCUUAACUGAUGAGGAUCUGCACUUGAUGGACAUGAACGAGAGCUUCUGUCGCAUGGUGGACAACAGCACCAGCAACAACUCCUCGGUCCUGGGGCUGACCGGCAGCGGACAUGUCAGCCACUCGGCCAGCACCGCACAGCUGGUCCCUGGAAAUCACGGCACAGCUAAUGGCGGUUCCUCCGUCGGCGGCGGUGUGUCAUCUAUGAGCGGUGGCGCUUCGUCGGUUGGCAUGACCGCCGAUAUCCUGGCCAGCGGUGGAGGUGCAACUCAGGGCGGAACAGAUAGAUUGGACGCCAGCAGUGACAGUGCCGUCAGCUCGAUGGGCUCCGAGAGGGUGCCGUCCCUCUCCGACGGGGAGUGGGGCGAGGGCAGUGACUCGGCCCAGGAUUACCACCAGGGCAAGUACGGAGGCCCCUACGACUUCAGUUACAACAACUCACGCAUCAGCACAGCCACCCGCCAGCCGCCGGUGGCCCAGAAGAAACACCAGCUCUAUGGCAAGCGCGAUCCCCACAAGCAGGCUCCCAGCGCCCUGCCUCCCACAGCCCCUCCGGCCACGGCCCAGGCCCAGGCCCAGACGCAGCCGCAGAGCAUCAAGUACGAGUACGAUGCCGGAUACGCAGGCAUGGCUAGCGGAGGAAUCGCCGGCCUGCCGCAAAACAGCGCCAGCGAGACCGGCGCCAUGGGGCCGGCUCUCUCCAAGGAGUACCAUCAGCAGGCUUACGGCAUGGGGGCCAGCAGCAACUUCCCCGGCGACUAUGGGGUUCGUCCACCUCCACGCACCUCCCAGGACCUGGUGCAGCUGAAUCACACUUACUCCCUGCCCCAGAGCAGUGGCUCGCUCCCCAGACCCCAGGCGCGCGACAAGAAGCCCCUGGUGGCCACCAAGAACGCAACGAAGGCGGCUGCCGGCAGCUCUGCUGCCGCCACCGCGGAGGACGAGCACCUGACGCGCGACGAGAAGCGCGCCCGCUCCCUGAACAUACCCAUCAGUGUGCAGGACAUCAUUAAUCUGCCGAUGGACGAGUUCAACGAGCGCCUGUCCAAAUACGACCUGAGCGAGAACCAGUUGUCCCUUAUCCGAGAUAUUCGUCGUCGUGGCAAGAACAAGGUGGCGGCGCAGAACUGCCGCAAGCGCAAGCUGGAUCAGAUCCUCUCCCUGGAGGAUGAGGUGAAUGCGGUCGUCAAGCGCAAGACGCAGCUCAGCCAGGACCGCGCCCACCUGGAGGGAGAGCGCAAGCGCAUUUCAAACAAGUUUGCAAUGCUCCAUCGUCACGUGUUCCAGUAUCUGCGCGAUCCUGAAGGCAAUCCCUGCUCGCCGGCCGACUACAGUCUGCAGCAGGCUGCCGAUGGUUCGGUGUAUUUGCUGCCACGCGACAAGUCCGAGGGCAACAGCACGGCAACUGCCGCUUCGAGUGCAGUGUCCUCGGCCGGCACGAGUAACCUGAACGGGCAUGGCCCCUUGGCGCCGCCCAUGCAUGGGGGCCACCACAGCCAGCACCAUCAGCCGCAGCAUGUGGACGCAGCCAUGACCCAGCACGUGGCCAGGAUGCCACCGCAUCUGCAGCAGCAGCAGCAGCAGCAACAGCAGUCGUCGCAGCAUCACCAUCAGCAUCAGUCGCAGCAGCCAGGAGGAGGAUCGCAGCAGCAGCAGCAGCAUCACAAGGAAUGAAAAUACCUGUUGCGAAUUGCCGCAACAACGAGUUGGUUCACUAACUUUCAGCGCGAGCAGCAGCAGCAACAGCAGCAACAGCAGCAGGAGCACCGUUCCGAGCAUCCGCAGCAGCAGUACGACUACCGCUACGACUUUUUCAACAACAGUUACCUGUGCUACUGAUGAUUGCUGAUUGAUUUGGCAGUCAAUGAUCAUUGAGCUGUGGCUGUGGCGCGACCUGGUGGUGCGCUCUCCCUGCUGCAAUUGCAACGUGUUGCUGGCAACAUUCGUUGCCCCCCCCUUGCAUUGCACCUACUUCUUCAUCGCAUCCCGCAUUCAGCACCCUCCCCCACACAUUUAUGCUUUACUCUUUUAGUCAGCAUUAUUGUUAUUUAUUUUUUAAUGAAUUAAAAUGGAUUUUUCAGCAGCGUCUCCCGCUGGGGGUCUCUGCUCGGAUGAAGCCCGUCUUCAAAUCGUAUAUAUGUACCACCACCAUUACCCAAUACACCAUUACUUGUGAUAAACCAAAUCAUUUCUGUCGCCAAACGAAGAGAAUGUCCAAGCCCCUUCUGGCAUGAAAUGAAUUUGUAAAUCGCAUGAUCAUACAUCGUCUAUCAUCCAACAACAUCCACAAACAUCAACGCGUCGUCCAACAAUAUUUGAUGGUUAAACCGUUUACAAAUUGCAAUAAUAAUAGAUUGUAAAAUAUGAAUGAAAAACACAGAUGGUAGGAUCGAGGAAUGUAUAAAAUAGUUGAUAAGAAACAGCAGCACACAACACAACAUAAACAAAACAAAUGUAAAGGUUGAUAAAUAUUGAUGGACUACACCCGUAAGACACUUAGACGUAAGCCUAGUGGUACGCUUUAGUCUAGCGA